UUUUAAACUCUUUAAUUUAUAUACAUAAAGGAACAUUUUUAUUGUUAACAAUUUGCUAAGAUUUUUUAUUAUGUCCAAACACGUUCUUGUUCCUGUUGCUGACGGCAGUGAAGACAUUGAGCUUUCGUGCAUAACAGAUGUUCUCGUUCGCGGUGGACUGAAGGUCACCGUUGCCUCUGUGAUGGAAAGCGUGAACGUCAGCCUUGCGCGUGGAUUAAAGCUUGUCGCCGAUGCACUUCUCAAGGAUCUAUCGCCCAACAACUUCGACGCGAUCCUGCUCCCUGGAGGGUUAGACGGCUCCUUGAACUUCGGCAAGAGCGAACCCUUGCAAAAAAUAAUCGGUGAAAUGCGCGAUGACCAUAAACUUUAUGGUGCGAUCUGCGCGGCGCCUGUUCUCUCCCUUGGCGCGCUGGAAGGCGUGAAGACGGCGACCUGCUACCCCGGCAUGGAGUCUAAGUUUCCUUCGCAUAUUCAACCUUCCUCGGAUUGCGUGGUUAAGUGUGGGAACUGCUUGACAAGCCGUGGGCCUGGAACUGCCAUUUUCUUCGGCCUGGCGGCUGUCGUCCUGCUUCGCUCUGCCGACGUGGCGAGCCAGGUCGCGAAGGACUUGCUUGUGAAUCAGCAUGCUGAAAUGAACACGGUGCUUAGUUUGAAGUGACCCAUUGUCUGUUUGGGGGUUACAGGAAAACCACAACCACAUCACCAAUGCUGAGGGAUAAAAAAAUAUGAUGAAUCAUACCAAUAAUUUUUUUCUUCUUUUCAGACACGAAUUAGUAUUUUCAAUAUCUAUUAUUACUCGCAAUCAUUUUUUACCCUUUUUAUUUCGAAAGUUAGGAAAAUUUUAAUUUUAUUCCUAUAACGAUCCCUUGAGGAGAGAAGCUUUUCGUAACUGUAAAAAAAAAUGGGAUGUACUUUCUUCAAAGUUAUUUAAGUAAUCGUUGAUUUUUUUCUUUAAU